UUAGGCAUAUUGUGAAAUUCACAGGUCUUACCCAACGUACUGUUUGGAACAGGAUAUAAAUGAAGAUGAAGCUUCCCAGAGACGCACAGACUGAUCUCAUGAUGAAAACAGGACAAAUCGGCGUUUUGGGGCUGCUGCUCUGCGCGGCUGUAUUUAGUGCAUCAGCGGAUAAACCAGGAGAAUGCCCACCUGAGGGGUACUUGGCAGAAAAAUAUCUCUCCACCUAUACUGCAUGCCAAUCGGAUGAUGAUUGUGGGGAUAGCUGGAAAUGUUGCACGGACAACGGCUACAAAUACUGCAAACCUCCAGCGCAAGAGAGGCCUGGCUCCUGUCCCGAUUGUACAGAUCAGCCACGCACCACCGAUUAUUGCACCUCGGACAGUAUGUGCGCUGAUGGAUCCAAGUGCUGCACCCAAAAUGGUGGAAAGACCUGCCUGCCUUCUGUGGGAGACAAGAAGGGCUCCUGUCGUCGUAAAACCCCAAUAAUGUGCAUUGUUGCAAUGAGGAGCACCUGUUUGUCCGACUCCAUGUGUAAUGGUGAUUAUAAAUGCUGCCCUUCUGACAACGGAUGUUACAAUGAAUGCCAGAAACCAGUUUAAUAACACCAGAAAAUCCAGCCUUAUGACUUCAGAACAUUAUCUAGUUCUUGUGAUAAGAAGCACAUCCAUGAUCACAUAGAAAUGGUGCCUAUUUGCACGUUGGAGAUGGCUUGCCUCUGUAUGUGGGUUUCUGGGUCCCCUCAGAGUCUUUACAUGAAUUUCUCUGAGCUUGGGGGGAAGGCAAUAAAAUAAUAAAGUGUAAAAAAAAAAA